AUGGCGCCACUGGGACAAGCUGUCAAAGUUCUGGCAAUUCCUUCCGAGGCUAUCAUUGCAUCAGCGAAUACAGCACAUGGAUUGACAUAUACUGGUGAUAUUGAUCCCGUGUGGACUGUUGGCAGUGUCCCAAAUGGCGGAUACGUGCUUGCACUUAUAUUGGAAGCAUGUCUACAAUACCAGUCAUCUAGAGCUCAUGUGGACCCUCUGCAUGUCACCGCACACUUUUUAAGAGCGACAUCCGUCGGCUCUUUCAAAAUCCAUGUGUCCACCUUGAAAAUUGGAAAGGGAUUUACUAAUCUGACGGCAGAGUUGGUGCAAGAGAAUGUUGUCAAGGUCACUACACACUUGAUAUUUGGGAUCAACAAACGCUCGCCAACGGAUAAGCUAGAUUUAACAAUAAAUCCUCCGUCUUCGUACGCUCGACGUCACCCGUUAUAUUCGCAUCCAUCAGAGGCUAUUGCUACGCCCUUGCGUCGUCCUUGGAACUUUGGGAAGCACGUCUCCUUGAUGGAGGACCAGGAAAUCUUGGCUAGAAACAAACCAAAUAGCACGAGUCGAACAAGUGGCUCUUCAAUCGGCGGAGGUGGCUUAGAAUGGGGUGGCUGGCUUGAAUUUGUAGAUCAAGGCGAAAGGAUAACCAAUCCCGCACUUAUUUUUCUUGCGGAUAUCUUUAUCAAUACCCCUAAUUUGCUGCCAAAAAGUGAACGGAUCGACCUGACCCCGAGCUGGUACCCAACUAUGACUCUUGCUGUUGAAUUUAAACACCCGAUACCCCCAACGUCAAAAUUGCACGCCGGUCGAACCGUUGGGCUUUAUUCAACUGGACGAUUUGUCAAUCAUCCACAAGGGAGACAUGAUAUUUACGUCGAGGUAUGGACUGCACCGAGCAAUAUGGGAGAGGGUGAGCCGGAAGAAGGGUGGAGAGACAACCAGGUUUGUCUGGCCGUAGCAACGCAGAUGGCUCUUACGUUGCCCAUUGAAGUCAAUCGCAAGGUGGGAAGGAAGGAAACACCGAAAUUAUAA